UUCUGUGUGUGAUUUUUGUAUACCCGGUAUCUUUAAAAAAUGUCUGCAAAUCUUGCAAAUAUCUACGCGGAAUUGAUGCGCAGGUAUGGCGAGGACUAUACCAUCACUUAUGGACCGCCGCCCACGUACCUGAGCAGCAUAGCAGGCGCCAGUGAAGUCGGCAAGAAGAUCGUGCUCGUAUUCAAAGAGGAUCGCAAUGCAGCGUCUAGGAUCAAGACGACGCCAAAGAAAUUUGUGGAGAAAAAAGAGGGAUCGACGGACCUGGAUUUGACUGGCAGCCCGCUGAAGGACGAUUGCAUUGUGGAUGCCAUUGCCGAUCUUUCGCUGGACCUGCAACUGGUGAAUUCGACUGCCUGGAAGCUGGAGGAGGAGUUUCAGCGCGGUGUGGCCGUAGACAAGGCUCGCGGCAUUAUCUGCAGCGAGCAUUUCCAGCACGCCGAUGGCGUUGGAUCCGUCUGGUUUCUGUGCGACGGCAGCGACCAUGGCCAGACGCAGUUGCUGCAGUACGAGUUCAACAAGACGCAUUUUUCGCGCGGCAUCCUCAGCUAUCAGGGGGUGCUGCCCGCCUUUAUGGUGACCACGCAGUCGCUGGUGCGUCAGCACUCGGCGGUCCCUACCGAAACGACCAUUGAGAACAGAUAUCAGGUGAAUCCGCACAUGACACUGCGCUGCUCCUGGGCCACUUCGGCGCCGCAGCCGCUGCUGGUCAAUCUGCGAGACUGCGAGGUGGCUCUCUCGCACACAUUUCGCGUGGGCGAUUGCAGUCCUCUGACACAGGACUUUAUGAACCAGCUGCGCAUCCUGGUCUUCAUUCGCGAGGACAUCGUUAGCUACCACAAAGACGAGCAGCAGGACGCUGGCAGGGACCCCACCUAUCGCUGUGGACACGGCAUCGAUAUGGAUGAGUUACGCGAGUCGAUUAACAAGACCAUGACGGAUGUUUCCGGCCUGAUGGAGCACUACAGCAGUGGCGCUGCCGAGUUUGACAUCGAGGAGGUGGUGCAUCGGGCCAAGGGCAGGCGUCUCACGGAUCUCACCGACAAGCUCUGGGAGCUGCUGAAAUGUUGUGGUUCCUACAAGGAUCUGAAGAUGGCCUUCAAUAUGCUCUUCCAGUGCGCCGCUCGCUGCAACAUUGUGAAUACACCAACCAACAAGAAUCGCCUGGCAGAGAUCAUCACAGAGCUGGCCAAUCGCCGCCUGGCCAUACCCUGCCUCAGUGGUGCCGAGGCACUGGAACUGCUGCUGGAAGUGGGUCUGGAGAAGGUGUACAAGGACUACGAGUUUAUCUACACGGAGAGUAAAAUGUGCAGCACCAAUCUGCUAAAGGAGACCUCAGAGACGGCAGAUGGAACGUCGCCCCAAAAUGUGCCGCAGCUCCGCAAAUCUCUUCACAACGCUGUCCGUGGAGAUGCUACGCCAGGUGCUGGCAUACGUAAGACCCUGCUACAUCUCGACGCAGACAGCAGAGUUGUGGGCGACAAGUACGGGGACGAGGAUGUGGCUGGGAUCAAAAACAGCUACUUUGAUGAGCACGAGAGCAUGGAGCGUAUCUCGAAACUGUUCCAAAUCCAUUGCACCAUGGAGCAUCUGCUGAUGAUUCACAUUCACCUGAAUCUGCCCAAUGUCUACAGCGAUGUCUGCUCUGAGCUGUUGAAAAAGACCCCCAAGCUGGUGGAAGCCAUCGAUGACCAGCUAAGCGAUGUGAUGGACAUUCACCUGGCUGCCCAUUACGUUCGCGAGCAUCUAGAUGGCAAGGAGCCCUACUCGCGGCACAUCACAAUGAAGUCGUUGAACAAAUUCCGCGAACUUCAGACCACUUUUUAUUUCAAUUCGGAGAAUAUUUGCCCGCCCGAGCUGGCACAGUGCUUUCAGUGCGAUGAUAAAGAACUGGUCAAGGAGCGCACCUAUCAUUCCUGGCUUUAUCGCAAGAUUCGUACACUGAAAUGAGUCUUCUGUAAUAAUUUCCUUUGCCUUUAACCUGCAAUCUUUUGUGCACGUAUUGUAAAUCCUAAAUUAGAUCCUAUAUUAUAUCCUCUAUGUAUACACCCCGAUUCCUCUCAAAACUCAAUUGUUUGCAGCUUGUUGUACACGCUACUUUUCACGCAUUUCCCACACCC